AUGGCUGUGGGGCGAAACGACCCAGUUGGAAGGAAAGGGCGGGAAGUGGUGGUUGCUGCUGGGAGCGACGGGCUUGACAUGGUUCUGGACGAAGUAGAUGAUGUCCUUGUACAGCUUCUUCAUGUGCGCCAGCUCCGACAUCAGUAUGUUGUUGCUCCGACGCAGCCUCUCGGUGUCCUGCGCCAAUGCCGUCACCGUCCCCACGCCCAAAUUACUACUGCCUGUUGUCGCGGUGGGUCCCGCUACUCAUCCGACUCUAGGUGGAUAGACACGCUGCGGCGCUGGCGGCGUGGAGUCCCAGUAGUUGUGGUUGUGGUGGUUGGGGAAGAGGUGGAGGUUGUCGUCGAGGGAGAUGCUGAUCCGGUUGGUGGAGAAAGGAAGAAUCCGACCCUUUCAAUUUGA